AUGUCUGCCAACCCCGAUGCCUCCCUCGUAGGAGCCGACAGCCUCGACGACAUCAUUCGAGACAAUCAUCACACCAUACAGAAUCGGAGGAGGAGCCUGCCACACCAGCCCUACGCCGCCCAGAUGUCUCCCUCCGAGGCCAAUCGCCACCUCUCCAUGAUGGACUUUGGCGGCAACGGCAUGAACGGUGUCAUAAACCACGCCAACGACGCCUAUGGUGAUCAUCAGUUCGGCAUGAUGGGCUCUCCUGUUGACGGCAUGUCCGGUGCCUUCCCCAAUAUGAACCACAACAUGACCAUGCCCGGUACUUCUGGAAACUUCUCGCCUCGCAGUAUGCUUGCCCAUGACUUUUCCGCCAACAUCACACCGGAAAUGAUGGGAAACAUGAUUGCACUUCAGAACAUGAACAUGGGACAGAUGGCCGCCGUUUCCUCGGCCAUGAACCUCUAUCAAUCAGGUAUGCCUACCGCCUAUUCCCAGGCCUCUAUGGACCCUAUGGCGAGCGAGCUUGCCAUGGAUCUGGAUACCGCCGCCAACCAGAUGAGCAACAUGCCCAACCCUGCUGCCUCGGGGAUGCUCCUGGACGGAUCUGACUCGACAACUAUGAUGGCCACAUCUCAACCAUUCAUCCCUUCGACCCAGCCAGAGCAGACCCAGCCGGGCUCAAAUCCUAUUCCCAGCCCUGGCAAUUCACACACAAACCCCUCCGCAAACCCUCAGCCCCGCAUCUUUUCCAUGCCUAGCACCAAGGCCAUCCCCCCCGACUAUCAAUCCCCCAUGCCGCCAACCUCCAACCCGAACGGUAUCAAUAAGACCAUCUACUCCAAAAGUGGCUUCGACAUGCUCAGAGCCCUCUGGCUUGUCGCGACGCGCAAGAAUGCCCAGGUCAACCUCGGUGCGGUGGACAUGUCAUGUGCUUUCGUCGUCUGCGAUGUGACCAUGAAUGACUGUCCCAUUAUUUAUGUGUCGGACAAUUUCCAGAACCUGACCGGGUAUAGUCGUCAUGAAAUCAUUGGCCAAAACUGCCGUUUCCUCCAGGCCCCUGAUGCCAAGGUCGAGGCCGGCACCAAGCGUGAAUUUGUUGACAACGGCGCUGUCUAUAAUCUCAAACAGAAGAUUGCCGAGGGUAAGGAGGUACAGCAGAGCCUCAUCAACUACAGAAAAGGUGGGAAGCCAUUCCUAAAUCUCUUGACCAUGAUCCCGAUACCCUGGGAUACGUCCGAGAUACGAUAUAUUGUUGGGUUUCAAAUCGAUCUCGUGGAGUGCCCAGAUGCCAUCACGUCAUCCCAAGGGCAGGGUUCUCUGCAGGUCAGCUACAAACACAAUGACAUCGGACAGUACAUCUGGACGCCCCCAGCCACUGCCCAGUGGGAGCCAGAAACCGGUCAAACUCUCGGGGUUGACGACGUAUCAACACUGCUGCAACAGUUCAACCCUAAAGGUGUCGUUUCAGAUUGGCACAGGCAGUCGUGGGAUAAGAUGCUGCUAGAGAAUGCCGACGAUGUCGUGCAUGUUCUCUCGCUGAAGGGUCUAUUCCUCUACCUGUCCCCGUCAUGCAAGCGUCUUCUUGAAUACGACUCGACUGAGCUAGUUGGUAACUCGAUAUCCACCAUUUGUCACCCUUCCGACAUUGUUCCAGUUACGCGUGAGCUCAAGGACACUACAAAUGGAUCUUCCGUCAACAUAGUGUUCCGUAUUAGACGAAAGCAAAGCGGUUACACUUGGUUCGAAAGCCACGGCUCGCUAUUUGUCGAGGCUGGCAAGGGCCGCAAAUGUAUCAUUCUUGUCGGACGAAAACGUCCUGUAUUUGCGCUACAGCGUCGCGACCUUGAGAAACACGGUGGCAUUGGGGAUAGCGAGAUGUGGACCAAGCUUUCAACCUCGGGCAUGUUCCUCUUUGUAUCCUCCAACAUACGGUCCUUGCUUGACCUUCAACCAGACCAACUGAUAGGGACCAGCAUUCAGGAAUUGAUGAGGAGGGAGUCGCGACCGGAGUUCGGACGUACUAUAGAAAAGGCUAGGCGGGGCCAAACCGUCACUUGCAAGCAUGAAGUCCAAAACAGACGUGGUCAAGUUCUUCAGGCGCACACAACCCUCUAUCCCGGCGAUGCUUCGGAGGGACAGAAACCUACGUUUCUCUUGGCUCAGACUAAGCUAUUGAAGGCAUCCUCCCGGGCCAUCGCUUCAACCGCCACUCUCAACAAGCAGGGGCCUUCCAAUAACAACACAUAUGACCCAAAGUCUUUGGCAGGCAAUUCUACAGGAAGCAGCAACGGUUCACCAAAGGAGACGGGAGUAACAUCGGCAGCUGGGGGCGGUGACAUUCCGCCAGGCACCCAAGAUGUUGCGCUUGCGUCCGAUGAUAACAUAUUCGAUGAGCUCAAAACGACGAGGUGUACGAGUUGGCAGUACGAACUGCGACAGAUGGAAAAGGUCAACCGUGUAUUGGCCGAGGAGCUACAUGGCUUGCUAUCGAAUAAAAAGAAACGGAAGCGCAGAAAAGGUGUCGGCAACGUUGUUCGUGACUGUGCUAAUUGUCAUACCCGCAAUACGCCUGAAUGGCGACGAGGUCCGAGUGGUCAAAGAGAUCUGUGCAACAGUUGUGGUCUUAGGUGGGCCAAGCAGGUAAGCAUCAUCGACACGGGCAGGGUCUCUCCGCGGAACUCUUCUCGCGGUGGUGCCGACACGGCAAGUAAGAAGUCCGCCUCGCCCGUGCACACGUCUUCCCUCACCCGUGAGGUCUCGCAGGGAGAGGUCAGUGAAAAGCCUUCCGAGACUGACUCAGCCGGCACUGCGAACAGGUCCCUGAGCUCUAGCGUGGGUCCCAACACGAGCGCUGUUACCACGCCCACCGCACUGAAGACUCCUUCCAAGCCGCCACUCAGUCAGCCACUUCUAGAAGGCGGCGCUGAAGGCGGUCAGAUGGCUCCUAUCCGGGAAGAGCGAGAAGCGCCUUGA